AUGCUUUCGAGCGGUAACCUUCGUCGUAAAUGCAUUACUGCUUCGUCGCAUCACUUCGGCGGUGCUUGGGAUAGCGAACUCUCUAGAUUGAUGCUACUUUACACGACCGUCUCCUUCUUCAGCAGAGAGUCGUUCAGGAAGACCUGCGUAUCAGAUGCCGAGACGGCAGCUAAACCUGCUGCGAUUAACGUAACAUGGUUAUGCCCCGUGGUGUCGUUAGCAAUGGGCACCGUUUUCUGUGCUGUGUGGUUAACGUUUUUAUCGAAUCCGGAAACGAUGGUCGAAGGGGUUCAUCAUUAUCGAUCAGCGGUGUUCAUGUACGCGGCGUCGUUGUUUAUCGAAAGCUUGGCAGAACCGCUUUGGAUCCUGAGUCAGAGUUUCAACUUUGUUCUUCUUAAAGUAGACGUUUCGUUGCGCCAGGUGAACGACUGA